CACAGGCUGCAGGGUGAUAUCAUGGCUGCGUCACUUGCGCAGCUGAGGGAAGAGGGGUGGGGUGGUUAGACGAUGCAGCAAGCAGAGAGUAGAGAGGGACCCGGUGAGAAAUACUCGCUGAGAGGACAGAGGGGAUAAUAAUCAUGUCAGCCUCGUGGAAGCAGAUCUUUUUUCAGAUGCUCCUGCUUCUCAUCUCCUGCAGACACAUCAAUACAAAGACAUCUGUCCCAACGCCUGCCCCACUGCCUCCUCUGCCAACAGAAGUAAGAAGUGGUAUCCAUAACGGUGAAAAUCAAACUCAGAAAGUUCAACUGACAAAACCUGUCAAUCUAGUGCUCGAGUGUACCUGGACUGGUAAUCAGAACAAACUACCAAAUGUAACUGGUCACUGGAGAAAAGAUGGGGUUGAAAUCGAGGACAGCCUUCUCACGGUUCUGUUGGAGAAUGGCAAGUACAAUCUCAAACGAGAGUUCAGGAUUGUGAGUAAAGAAGACCUCAGAAAUUACUCAUGCGUGUUUGGAAAUGAAGCAAAAAUAGAUUUUAUCUUGGCAGGUCCACAGAUGGGUGAAGUGCGAGAUAAGCCGAUAGUCAGCUAUGUGGGAGAUUCUGUGGUGAUUCUGUGUAAACUGAACGAAACUGAACCAAGGCCCAUGUUCUGGAAUUGGUACAGAGCAAAUGGGACAGAUAAAGAGCUGAUUGUCGAUGCAGAUUCUCACCGGUACAAAAUUAAGGUAGAGAAGAAAGAAAAAGAGGAGAAAGCCAAGUUGGUGGUGCACAACCUGACACAGGCCGACUCUGGCUUGUAUUACUGUGAAGCAGAUUACGGCAUCAACACCACGAUGGGCCACGUGGAGCUCAGGGUCAUCACCCUCUGGGAGCCUCUGAAGCCUUUCAUAGCCAUCGUGGUUGAGGUGAUCAUCCUGGUGGCUGCCAUCCUGCUCUAUGAGAAGAGUCAGUCCAGGUCCAAAAACAGCACAGCAGGAGAUGGGACAAAUGCUGACCAAACGAACACACUGACGCAGGGAGAAAACAAUGGACCAGAGGAAAGUUCUUCAAUGAGACAGCGCAAAGUUUAAAGACUCUGAAGGCUGCAAUCCAGCAGAUUCAAGCUGCUUUAACACUGUUUUACUAAUUUUCAAAUGUGAAUAUUAGAGCUUAAAAGCAAUAUUGAACAAAUUAUUUUGUGAAUGUCCUCUAUUAUAAUCAAAAAUAUUUUCACCAAACAAAAUGCAAUAACCACUGCUUUAGAAUCAUUACUUUUUCUCACAGCUUUUUUUUUUUUUUUACUCUAUUUCACUGGAACGAUAUGUUUUUUUUAUUCUGAAUCAGUGGUGGUGUCACAGUGCUUGAAAGAGCAAGGCAUUUACCUCUUCUGUUUUUUAGUGUUUAAAACUGUAUAUGCUCAUUUCCUGUGAAGAAACAAAGAUCAUAUCUACGUCUUCACACCUCACUCUACCUUUACCACUUCCCUGUCAGAGCGGAAGUGCGUUUUCUGUGUUUCGAUGGCAAUCUCCUGCAUUAUGUUUUGUGAGCAGUGCCUUACACUCUCAAAAAGCCAUUAACUAACCAUUCAUAACUGUGCUUGCAAUAACUUUGUCACUUUUUAGUUAUGUAACACUGUGUCUACAUACUGUGUACUACCUUAACAACAUGUAUAUCAAGAUAUAUCAUCAUAUAUGUAGAUCUUUGUGUGUCUUUAUCAUGUUAAUGUAUCAGGAGUCAGAAAGGUAAUAUUUUCCCUUAAUCAUAAUUUCAGUUGUGUUUAGUUAAUGAUGGUGUGCCACUGUGAAUGUUAACAAGCAGAUUAAAGCUACACAAGUCA